AUGGUGAAGUUUUUGAAGCCAAACAAGGCUGUGGUGGUUCUCAACGGCCGUUUCGCCGGAAGGAAAGCUGUAAUCGUGAGGCAAUUUGAUGACGGAACCCGUGAUCGUCCUUAUGGCCACUGCCUCGUUGCCGGAAUCGCCAAAUACCCGAAGAAGGUGAUCCGAAAGGACUCGGCAAAGAAGACGGCGAAGAAGUCGCGGGUGAAGGCAUUCAUCAAGCUAGUGAACUACAACCACAUCAUGCCGACUAGGUACACGCUCGACGUCGAUCUCAAGGAUGUUGUCACCGUCGACGCGCUUCAGUCGCAUGACAAGAAGGUGACUGCCUGUAAGGAGACCAAAGCACGAUUGGAGGAGAGGUUCAAGACCGGGAAGAAUCGUUGGUUCUUUUCAAAGCUCCGAUUCUGA